UUUCAAGAUGUCUUUGCCAAUUUGCAUAAACCAUUAACUACAUAAAUACAGCCCUAGUUUUAAUACUUUCUUUUUUAAUGAAAUUAUUUUUGGGGGCAAAUGUUGAUACAACAGUCGUUUGAAAACCAAAAGGCAUCACAGAAAUGAAACGCAUAUUUGUUUUGACAAACUGUUCCCAGCUGCACUUUUGGUUUUUAGACACAACGCAUUCUUCCCAACGGUAACAGCCUGCAAAAGUGAGGUAACUCUCAGCGGCAGGGCGCCCUCGUUUUCAACUGAUUUCCCUGAGUUUAAAACUUCUUCAAUCAGUGGCCUAAUGAGCGUUGUCUCUACUGAUGGCUGCGAGGUCCGGCUAUUGGCCAAGACCACGAGGGCACGUCAUCUCUAUCAAUCAGGAAUUGUGUGUUCUCCUCCAGAAGGAAUGUCCCCAUGGUCUCUAACCUCCUGACAAUGCGUUACUCGAUGCAUGGGAGGCCGGCCACGAACUAAAACCUUGCCCAAUGAUUAUGAAGGGGAGAGGGGGAUAAUGACUUCCUAUCGAGGCGUAGUAGAGAGUAGCCCUCUUUCCAACGGCUGCUACCAGUCCAAAGAGGUCGUGCACGGGGACCUGCCUGCCUGCAGGACUUGUGGUGCACAAGGACCAUGGGCCUCGGGAUUUUUAUCACAUCGCCAGCGGUCAACAGCGUCUAACUGUGAUUGUGGAGAGGAGACGUUGACUCUGUACCCGUUUCAGGACAGCUCUCCACCGCCCCCGACCGCCUGGCCCCUCUCCUCCCCGCGGGUCUCCAGAUCUCAGGGGCAGGACUCUCCGCGACUUCGCUGCUGCGCGUCCAGGGCACACAACGAGGUGCGCUCGGGUUUUGGGUCACUGGACGAACAUAUUCAAAACUACUCUCAAGACGGGCCUGACUUCCACGUCGCUCACCUGGAGGACUCUGCCGUCUCGGAUUCCAGGUGUGACAUAGAGGAUGAGUAUGAAAGGAGACAAAAUUACGAGUGUAUGGAGGUGAAAUGGCAGUCGGCUGAGCUGGAGCAGAAGUUCUACCUCCACCAGUACCUGACCCGUUGCCGGCGCGGGGAGGUCGCCGGCGCCCUGCAGCUAAGUGAGACGCAGGUGAUUUGGUUUCAGAACGGGCUCAUGAAGCUGAAGAAAUUACUGAAAAACAGGCUGUUGCGACUGGCGGGCCCCGCGGCUGGGAUCUAUUAGUCUGGACACCUGCCCCUCUCCUGAGCCGUCUCCUCAAAACACCUGCCCCCAAAACUCUCGACCCGGCCCGAGGACGCCAGCCUCGUCACACGCCUCGUCUCGUCCGCCUCCGGUGUAAUUAGGCCUCUGAUUGGUCCGCUCGGAGAGGCUUCGUAUCGCCACAUGGAAAGUUUGUAAACACAAGGCGAGCCAGGAGGAAAACGCCAGAACCUUCUCCAGGGCCGCGGACGGACUUCUCGAUGCUUUGAGACUAUUUGCAUAUUAAAAUACAAGUCCGAAAAUCUUCCGCUUAUCGAGCCUGCACCAUGGAAAUGGGGAAACAAACUAACUUAAAUUGUCCAUGAAAUUGUGAUGGUAUAGGCAGGCCUAUAUUUCCCCUUAAUAUAUUUAUAUGUUUAAUAGCUUAAAAAUAUUUUUUUUUUUAGAAAUGCGAAAUGCGUUUCAUAUGUCUAAUUUAAAUAUAUGUAUUUAUUUGGAAUGGACUGUAUUUAUUUUACUUUUUUAAAGAGUUAUCACUGUGACUGCUUUGUGCAGUUUUGCUUUUUCAAUCUCUGAAAUCGCUUAGGCUAAAACCCCUAUUUUCUUGCUUUUGACUGAAUCGCUAUGGCGUCCUGUUGAAUUCUCUCCAUUCUCUGCACACUCUCUCGUAGAGCAGAAGUCGUUCACUCAAACAUUCUUACCUCGUUACGUUAUUAUUAAUGGGAUGCACAUCACUUUAGAGUUAUAUAGGCCUAUAGUUAUAUAUCCUGCGAGUUGCAGCCAUAAUUACAAAGCACGUGGAAGUAUUCAGGCAUUCGGAGUUUGCAAGCUAAGGAGUUGUAAUAUUUAAUCUAUUACUGUAUUUAUCCAUUUUAUUCGUUCCCCUUUCCUGUGCCUAAUGGUUGGAUUAUCAACCCGUCAGAUAAAGUAUUACAAUUCGGCAUGUGACUGAUAGAUUUAUUGAGCGCAGGUAUUAAAGAGCAUUGAUCCGCGGUGAACCCUUCGCCUCAGAUUCUCUUCAUCUUUUUAUGUGCAAGCUUUUGCAUUAAUCUCUAAGUGCAUAUUAAUGGGCUGAGGAAACAUCUCGAAUGGAAUUGCUGCUUCUUUAUAGCUCUAUUUGAUUUUUUUUAAUUUGGCUUCAACAUUCAAUAUGUAGAUCGGACAAUAAAAGCUUCCAAUGCCAUUUUGUAGCAUAUCAAACGGCAGCUGCAUCAACUUAACGUUUUCAUCUCAGAUCCACAUCUCAAUAAAGGAAUAUGACUUUGAGCUGAGCCGUUAAAUAGGCCUACAGCUAUCAUAUCGCAGCCUUAUGUGGAUCCACCAGGUAAAUGUCAAUUGUAACAAUAUAAUUCAAACCUCGUUUGCAUUCUAUGUAACUUCAUAUGGUAUUUUUCCAUUAAGCAUUUCACGUUUAAUGUAUUUUGAAAGUUUUUUUAAUAACUACGUUGGGUGCAUUUGUAUAUGCAUACAACCCUUGUAAAAGUUGCAUCCACGUUUUUCUGUUUUUUUGUUUUGACAAUAUACUUAAGAUAAGUAAGGAGGAUUAAACAAACAAUCCGAUAAUAAUAAUUAUGGACGAUAACAAUAUAAUAAUACCGUAGGCUAUCUAACAGGCUAAUACUAAUAUUUAUAAUAAUGGUUACGAUCAUAAUAACAAUGACAAUGACCUUAAUGCUACGUGUGUAGGAAACGAUAGUGGACAGUUGGUCGCUAUGGUUAAACUAAUGCAUGAAGUUAAACCACAGUUCACCUCUAACCUCCUGACCUCUGUCUUGUCUAGGCACGAUGUUACUCGGUCAGCGCUCCUAACGCAACGAUUCGCCGUUCAUGUGACCUAGUGAAAUUUUUAUUAUAUCCCCCCCCCCCCCCCCCCCCCCGCCCCGACGAGCAGAAUUAUUUUGUGUGGAUAUAAGGAGGACUAUAAUAUUUAGUCCAGCUAGAUUCGGAGGUUGUGUAUUUGCCUUUUCCUCCAUCUGGAGAUAACCUGAUUUUACACAUUUUUUUAAUAAAGAGAGGAAAAAAUACGGUUAGUGACUGAUUUUAUAAAUUGUAUACACUCUCAUAGGAAUAAGACUUAUUUUUAAUCACACCAUUGAUACAUGUGGGGAUAUUAUGAAGAAUACAAAAUUAAUUACAUAGUCAAAUAUACAAAUUAAUUUAAGACGGCUAUUUCUCACCAGCACUGGUGUAUCUCGGGAGAAACUUUAAAAAGUUAAGAUAGUGAGGUUUAGUGCCUUGCUUAUGCAGAUUGCUGUGAGGCUGCAUUCAGACCUCUGAUCAUCCUUUUGUAGGCCCUCUCAGUAAGAUGCAGCUUGUUCAUUUGCCAAGUUUAAGUACUUCAGUAAAAACAAGCAUCCUUUUUCUGGCUUGAAUUAAGCUCUCUUCUCUACCUUUGUACUUCUUUUUGCACUUCGAAGAAAUGAAGCCACAUGGAUUUGUCUCAACAAAAUAAAAAGCAACUAAAGGACACCAUUUAUUUCCAGGAUAUAAAUAUUAUGGUCUACAGCCAUUUAGUGCUGGAGGAUUAAGGCAAUCCCAGUUUUAUGAUGGUACUAUAAUCCAAUAGUAAUCAAAACAGGAACACACACAACCCCACACACACACACGUUUAAUACCUGACAAUGAGUUGUAAUGCUUUAUAUACGUUUACUUGCAUACAUAGGGCUAUACAAAAAAAAAAACAAUGUGAAAAGCAAAGGGUUUAAGAAAGUUUUGGGUGACCUAUUAUCUCUUACUUCGUCAUCAGGUUCAACAAUUGCCUUGCAAUGGAUGAGGGGGCAUUGCAUGGUUUGUUAAAUGAUAGUUUGAAAGUGUUCAGAGUGAGAUCCACCCAGAUCAGUCCACACUCUCUUACUCACCCUUUUCUGAAGACACAUGCCUCAUGACAUUGAAGGUUCUGUGGUGAAAGUACGCUAUAUGUGAUUCUAUGUUUCCAUUAUCUGCCAAGGUAUUUAGAAAACAAUAAUAGACACUGAUCGCAGUUAGUUUGAAUAAUUUCGACUUUGCUGUCUCACAUUGGAUACUUGUUGGACAGCUGUUUUCUGAAGAACAGAACAAAUUAUACAUCUCACUGAAUAUCUCCUAUUUAAUACUAUCUUUUAUUUCUAAGUGCUUCGCUCUUGAGCUCAUUCUAAUUAAUACUAAGUUGACCUAGAAUUAACUUAUGCAUAAUAUGCAUGUAAUAUCUUCACCAGAGUGCGGGGGGGGGGGAUUAAAUCAAUCUAUCAACUUAAGCUGUUCAAAACUCCACGUGAAGCACUUAUAUAGAUAGUGCUUCACGGACCAAGCAUGCUUGGUUGUUGUGGCACAGCUGUGCAUACUACGGUAUCCCUGCUCGAAAUGUCUCUGUCUCUCUCUCUGUCCGUGUCUCCGUCUCUGUCUCUGUGUCUGUCUCUGUUUCUGUCUCCGUAUCUGUCUCUGCUCUAUUGCUGUCUAUGUCUCUCUUUCUGUAUCUAACUCUGUCUCCUUGUCUUUCUCUGUGUGUGUGUGUGUCUCUCUCUCCCUCGCUAAGCUCACUCUCUCAUGCAAGCUCUCCUCUGAUUUUACUGUAUUUCCUUGCCUGCCAUGACUUUCAUGCACAAUUACUUUCUGCUUUCUUAUUUUGCCAUUUGACUACCAAACAUGUUCUGAAAUGAUUCAAAGAGCCUUCUUAAGUACCAUUGUGGGUUUGCAUGUGCACAAGUCAAAGAUAGUGUGUGUUUGCUUCUGGUCGUGUUUUUGCAUCUGUGUUUGAGGUGUGUGAGUGUGUUCCUGAGUGUCAUUUGGGUAAGUGUGUGUGUGUGUGUGUGUGUGUGUGUGUGUGUGUGUGUGUGUGUGUGUGGUGUGUGUGUGUGUGUGUGUGUGUGUGUGUGUGUGUGUGUGUGUGUGUGUGUGUGUGUGUGUGUGUGCGUAUGUGUUUUGCAUGCAUAUUUUUAUGCCCUGUAGAGUUAUGCAAAUUAGUGUUUUGUAUCUUAGUUGCUAUCAAAAAAGCACUUAGAAAGAUACAAAGCACAUAUUUGAAUAAUUGUUUUUGCACUCACACAGGCGUAGAAAUACACAAACACACAGAUGCAAACAUGCAUGCAUGCAUGUUUGCUCUCCGACACAUACACACACACACACACACACACAUACAUAACACACACUGACAUGGGCUAGCUACACUAAACAAUGUGGAGACUAAUUCAGUCCUUCUUCUAUUCCCUCCCCUCCAGGGAGCUCAUGUUGGGGACAGUUUCCAGACUCAGCGAAACCACGCAGCAAACAGCAGCACUCAGCACUUCUGGCUGCAAAGGAAAAAAGGCUCUUCAAAGAGGGGGGAAGGGGAAGCCUUUGAGAGUUAAUGUAAGGUCUUGUAGGGAGGGAGUGAGGGGAGGGAGGAGAGAGGAGGAGGAGGAGCAAAGGAGGUGGAGCAAGUGUGGGUGCAUGCAGAGGUGAAACUGUGUCAAGGUUGCACGUCUGUUGCAUAGGAAAAUUCCCUCCAUUUUUGUUUAACGCUUUUCGUUUUUUUUGCAACCACCGGUGCUCCCUGAAGGAGAGGAUGAACGGGAGCCAGAGGGGGGGUGCAGGGAGGUGUCACACCGCCCACAGCUCACCUGGAAUCAUGCAGAAUCAGUGGAUCCAGCCAAGGUGGCCUUCCUUCACCACUGAUUGUGCAGGGAGCCACGCUGACCUCUCCGGUGCGCGGGUCUGCUCUUGCAGUAGGAAUUUGCCCUUUCAAAAGUUGCACACAAGCAAAACAGUAAGGCCAUGAGGGUAUGCUGAUAGCGUCUCGGGGAUCCGACGAUAAUCAAACAUUCAUCAUCGUGCCCUCGGUAGAAAGCCCUGCACUGGCCCCUUUGUUCAUGCAGAUGUUUUUUUUGGUAACGCAUGCAUCACGUAACACAACCUUAGGUGAGGACAAAAAAAUAUAAUCAAUAUUUGUUUUGAUUGCGCGAUUUAUUAAACAUGCUUGUUGUAUUGUUUUCAAUCGGCGUAAGAAGAGAGCAGCUAGGCCACAUAUGCCCCACAACGCAUGCAGUGACAGGACCGAGUGAAUAGACUCCAGCAUAUACAAACAGGGCUCUGUUUAAACACGUGCGCCAGUACACACAUCUGACCUCUCAUCAGCAUAUUAGAAAGUCUAAACAAACCGCCGUAAAUGAACCCUGUGAUGCUUAUUUGUCUGAACAAGAACACGCCCCUCCUUCCAUGCCCCCAGGGUGAGGUUGCCAUAGUGACAGGUUCAUAGACAUAUGGGGGGGAGAGAGAGAGAGAGAGAGAGAGAGAGGGAGAGGGAGAGAUCUGGGUGGAUGGGCGGGGCCAGGGAGUGAGUGCAACGGGGGAGGCAGAGGAGGCAGAGGAGGACCCAGGAUGGAUGGGGUUUCAGUAUAUUGGCUGUCUGUCUUUCAGAUAUGUCUUUGUGCAUCAUCUGUCAGUCGGCAAGCCGCUCGGAAAAUGGAAGAACGCUCCGUGAAGUUCCCUCUGUCAGCGCCAUCUUGUGUGUCAUUCCAAAGGUAAACGAUUGGCUUUCACGUGUCCAUCACAUCCUGCCAAAUGGACACGACUGCACCAAUACAUAUUUGAUCCCAGUUAAUCAUAUGAAGACUGCAUUGUUUUUGAAUUCAUAAUUACUAAUAAAAUGGUCACAUUAAAAAAGAUCAAUAAACAUGUUUGUUGUUAUUCAGAUUGCGUUGAAAUAAACUGUGGACCCAUUCAAUGUCAGGGAAUGAAAGGUAGAGAAGGAGGCCGAGCGGAGAGAGG